AUGUCACGGCGUCGUUUCCUGGAACGGUUUCUCCCUCUUUUCCUCCUCCUCCUCUUGUUACUGGGGAAUGAGUCAUAUGGAUCACGGGUCACAAAGAGUAAAACGGGCGGGUCGUCUGUGUUUUCAUUAUUCAACCUUCGAGAGAAGAGUAGGUUCUGGAGUGAGUCCGUUUUGCGUACUGAUUUUGCUGAUCUGGAGUCAUCUAGACCAGAGAAAGAGCAGGCAGCUAAUUACACCAAGGCAGGCACAAUUUCCCAUUAUCUCAAGCUUUUUGAAGUUGAUUCAAUGUACCUUCCAGUGCCCGUCAAUUUCAUUUUCAUAGGAUUUGAAGGGAAGGGAAACCAAGAAUUUAAGUUACAAGCCGAAGAAUUGGAGCGCUGGUUCACUAAAAUUGAUCACAUCUUUCAGCAUUCAAGGAUACCUCAAAUUGGUGAAGUUUUGACCCCAUUUUACAAGAUAAGCAUUGACAGAGAACAGCGUCACCAUCUUCCUCUAGUCAGUCACAUCAAUUACAACUUUUCUGUUCAUGCCAUUGAACUGGGUGAAAAAGUUACAUCUAUAUUUGAGCAUGCCAUUGAUGUAUUUGGACGGAAGAAUGAUGUGCAGGAUACCCGAGAGGACGGUCUUUGGCAAGUUGACGUGGAUAUGAUGGGGGCCCUUUUCACUAGUUUGGUGGAGUAUUUACAAUUGGAAGAUGCUUACAACAUCUUUGUUUUGAAUCCUAAACUUGAUGUGAAAAAAGCCAAAUAUGGUUACCGGAGAGGGUUGUCUGAGUCUGAGAUAAACUUUCUCAAGGAGAAUAAGGCCUUGCAAUCGAAAAUCCUCCAGUCAGGAAGUGUUCCAGAAAGUGUUCUUGGUCUUGAUAAGAUUAAAAGACCAUUGUAUGAAAAGCAUCCAAUGGCGAAAUUUUCUUGGACAGUUACAGAAGAUACUGAUACAGCGGAAUGGUAUAACCGUUGCCUAGAUGCUCUUAACGUUAUCGAGCGGCAAUAUACAGGGAAAGAUACUGCUUACAUCAUACAAAGCAAAGUUUUGCAGUCCUUGAGUGGGAAAAAUGAAGACCUAAAGCUUUCAUUUGAGAAAGAUUUAAAGACUGGGGAGUUCAAUGGCCUUCAUGCAGAAUGUCUCACGGACAUGUGGAUUGGAAAGGAAAGGUGGGCAUUUAUAGAUCUAACUGCAGGUCCAUUUUCAUGGGGUCCUGCUGUUGGUGGAGAAGGUGUCCGUACCGAACUGAGCUUACCAAAUGUUGAAAAAACUGUUGGUGCCGUUUCAGAAAUUUCUGAAGAUGAAGCUGAAGAUCGCUUGCAGGAGGCAAUUCAGGAGAAGUUUUCUGUGUUUGGUGAUAAAGAUCAUCAUGCAAUUGAUAUUCUGCUUGCGGAAAUUGAUAUAUAUGAGCUAUUUGCAUUCAAGCAUUGCAAGGGAAGGAGGGUUAAGCUUGCUCUCUGUGAAGAGCUUGAUGAGAGAAUGGAAGAUUUGAAAGCUGAACUCAAGUCUUUUGAGGGAGAGGAAUACGAUGAAAGCCAUAAAAGAAAGGCUAUAGAUGCUCUGAAGAGAAUGGAGAGCUGGAAUUUGUUUAGUGAUACUUAUGAGGGUUCUGGGAAUUACACAGUUGCCCGAGAUUCCUUCCUUGCGCAUUUGGGUGCCACGUUAUGGGGUUCUAUGAGACACGUGAUAUCUCCUUCUCUUGCGGAUGGAGCAUUCCAUUAUUAUGAAAAAAUAUCUUUUCAGUUAUUUUUCAUUACUCAAGAGAGAGUGAGAAACAUCAAGCAAUUGCCUAUUGAUCUGAAAAGUCUUCAGAAUAGUCUUUCCUCUCUGGUUCUACCUUCUCAAAAAGUGAUGUUUAGUCAGCAUAUGCUGCCACUAUCUGAGGAUCCUGCAUUGGCAAUGGCCUUUUCAGUUGCACGUAGAGCAGCUGCUGUCCCUUUAUUGCUUGUCAAUGGAACAUACAGGAAAACUGUCCGCACCUACCUUGAUUCUUCCAUUCUCCAGCACCAGUUGAAGAGGCUGAAUGAGCAUGGCUCUUUGAAAGGAUCACAUGCACAUAGCCGGUCCACCUUGGAGGUUCCCAUAUUCUGGUUUAUUCAUGGCGAUCCAUUGCUGGUUGACCAACACUAUCAGUCAAAAGCCCUCUCUGAUAUGGUUAUUGUUGUUCAGUCAGAGGAAUCGUCUUGGGAAAGCCACUUACAGUGCAAUGGCCAGUCACUUCUUUUGGACUUGAGGAGGCCUAUAAAAGCUGCAACAGCUUCUGUUUCUGAGCAUCUAGCUGGGUUACUCCCUCUUCAUCUUGUAUAUAGUCAAGCUCAUGAAAGUGCUACCGAGGACUGGAUAUGGUCAGUAGGUUGCAGCCCAUUAUCCAUCACUUCUCAUGGUUGGCAUAUCUCUCAGUUCCAAUCUGAUUCUAUUGCUCGAAGUUAUAUACUGACGGCUCUGGAGGAAUCAGUUCAAAUUGUCAAUUCGGCGAUCCGUCGUCUUGCUGUCGAGCGAACAUCUGAUCAAACUUUCAAGGUGUUCCAAUCCAUGGAGCGUGAGUUGGUGAACAAGUAUAACUACGUUGUUAGCCUAUGGAGAAGAAUUGCAACUAUUAGUGGGGAAUUACGCUAUGAUAAUGCAAUGGGAAUUCUCUACACCUUGGAGGAUGCUUCCAAAGGAUUCUCGGACCUUGUAAAUACAACACUUGCCAGCCUCCAUCCAAUUCAUUGCACAAGGCAGAGGAAAGUCGAGGUUGAAUAUGACAUGACAACUGUUCCUGCCUUUUUUGUGGUUUUCAUCAUAUUGUUUCUUGUUUUAAGGCCUAGAAGACCAAAGCCUAAAAUCAACUGA